AGUCUGUGCUGAACUGAAAGGUUCUGGCGGGGAAGGUUGGAAGGAGGUUUCACUCCCUGUCCUGAGCAUUACCUAUUCUUCCGCAGCAGCGGUGGAGCAGGCUGGUCCAGGAAUGCUGCCUUCCUCCUGGGCCCCAUACUCAGGCCCAGGCUACCUGGGCCAGACUGUUCUCCAGCUGAUCUCAUACAAACACUCCAGACCUCCAGCAGCCCCAGGAGUCAAAACACCAGCGGCUCUACAGCUGCCUGCAGCCAUGUUGGCCCUCAGUCUGCUCGCGCUGGGUCUGCUCGCCGAAGUGGCACCUGCCAGCUGUCAACAAGGUCUAGGGAACCUUCAGCCCUGGAUGCAAGGCCUCAUUGCUGUCGCUGUGUUCUUGGUCCUUGUUGCAAUCGCCUUCGCCGUCAACCACUUCUGGUGCCAGGAAGAGCAGGAACCUGGGAGCACGAUGAUGAUCACUGGAAACAAGGCCGAUGGGGUUCUGGUGGGCAUGGAUGGCAGAUACUCUUCAAUGGCAUCUGGUUUUAGGUCCAGUGAGCACAAGAAUGCCUUCGAGAAUGUUCUGGAGGAAGAGGGCAGGGUCCGCAGCACACCCAUGUGACCAGCUCCUCUAUGGCCCUAGUCCCCAGGCUACAGGGAAUGUGGAGUUGAUGCCUACCAUCUCACCCAGCCACUGUUCUACAGGAAUCUAUUGAAACAAGCUGACCUCUCACCUCUCUUGAAUCACAGCCAUCUCAGGCUAGGACUCAGACCAAGCUGAGCACAGCUUAUGCUGUGGCCCGGGGGUUCCCUGGGGUCUUCCAGCCAGUUCUGAGGAGCUUUGUAAAGAGACGCCUGGCUCAGCUCCUCCCCUCCCUGCUCCUCCUGCAACUAUGGAAGUGGCUCUUAUUUCUGUGAAAUAAAGACUUUUUAUACUUCUGGG